AUGGCAUCAGCGGGAGUACCCAAAACAUCUUGGGCAGACGAUGUUGACGAGUCGGAGCAACCUGCCAAGGUCGAAGACUACGUCGACGAGAAUGGGAUAAGAACUACGGUGGAGUAUGCGAUUAACGAUGAGGGUAAGAAAGUCAAAAUCACGCGUAAAAUCAAGCGAACCUUGCAGAAAUCACUAGUUGAACAUAGCGUGGCGGAGCGGCAGAAUUGGGCCAAGUUCGGUCAGGAAAGGGGCAAUAAACCAGGUCCUGAUCGCGCGACGACUACCGUUGGAGAAAAUGUCAGCCUGAAAAUCAGUGCGGGCAACAAGUCGUCAGAGCCAGAACCAUCACCUGAACAAACGCUGAAGACCAAUCUUGCAAGAGCUGGCGCUGGCAAAGUCGUCUGUCGGCUAUGCAAGGGGGAACACUUCACUGCAAAAUGCCCUUACAAAGACUCUUUGCCCGGUCUAGACGGAGCAGAGACUCCUCCGUUCGGGGGGGACGAUGCGCCGGCGGAAACGUCCGCCGCGCCUGCUGCUACUACUGGUGGGAAGUACGUACCACCGUCUAUGCGUCCCGGUGGUCGUGGCGCGGGCGAGUCAAUGUCGCGACCCGGAGGCUCGCGCGAUGAUUUGCCUACCCUUCGCAUCACAAACAUCUCCGAGGACACCCAGGAGAACGACUUGCGCGAUCUUUUUGGCACCUUCGGUCGUGUUGCUCGUGUAUAUGUUGGUCGUGAUCGUGAAACGGGCGCAGGCAAAGGCUUCGCAUUCGUCAGCUUUGAGGAGCGGGCCAAUGCACAGAAGGCGAUGGAGAAGAUGCAUGGGCGAGGAUAUGACAAUCUCAUCUUGAAUAUUCAGUGGUCACAACCGAGGGAGCAACGCUGA